AUGGAGCUAAGUAAACAUCCAGAAGAUGCAACCAGCGACAAUGGAAUGGGAUCCUUCGAAAACUCGGAAAAAGGGCUAGAGACGAAACUAAACGCGGACGCUGGGGAAGACGAAAGCGAAAAUGACGAUGCAUAUAAUAAUCAGAAUUGGUUUAAACCGGCCGAAAAACGGUGGCCAGGUGGCUCAGAAAAGUACACCGGGAUAGAAAUCCAGGAAGAAGAUGAAGACAACUCGGAUGAGGGAAGCCCAGCAACUUCACCUGGCAGGGAAUCUGUAUAUGACACUGAAGAAAAUGACAGCCAGUGCGGCUCCAUAGGAGCGACCAAAGCAGAGCUCCAUGGCGGCCUCUUGAGGAAUAAAUUUCGAGGUCUACGGAUUCAAAAAGACGAGUCAGAGGUCCUUUUCCAUACUACAGAGUUUGAUGAAGCCGAUCUUACGUCCUUUUUGGAUAGUAAUGCCAUCAUGUUUUUGCUCACCAUGGCAGGAUAUCUUAUUCGAACCGACCGCAGCUGGUCCUGUGCAUGCACUUUGGCAAUCUCCCACAACGCAAGCUCAAAAACCACCUACGGCGUCUGCAUUGGUUUGAAGCCAUAUGAGGCAGAGUCUCUAGUAGGAUUCCUCCAAAGAGAAAAGCGAUAUGCCGGAAACCCGCUGUUCGUUGCUGUUGCUCUGGUAGAGAUCUACAUCCAAGUCACCAUGGCCAUGAACAGGCGCCACAACAAGGACUUUUACAAUAUCCAGACUGCAAUGAAGACGGACUACUACAUCAUCUCCCCCAAAGUGCAGCGAACCCUUGAUCUCGUUGAAUUUGCAAGCAGGCUCACCGCGCUUGGAUCUUCUAGUGUUGGCGUUACCCAGUUGUGCUCGACGCAGCAUCGUAUCAUGCAAUUCCUUGACGAUCAACUCAAGACCUUGAAAAAAGAGGCGCCAGAGACAGAUACUGUUCUGACAGCACUUGGCGAACGACUUGCUUUCACAAGAGAGCUUUUACAGGCCGAACGGCAGCAUAACGAGUACAUCAAAGGAGCAGCCCAGACACAGGUGCAGAUGGUAUACUCCCUCACAGCGCAACGCGACAACGAGCACAACCUCAACCUCGCUCGGCUUUCCCAGAAGCAAAACAGAAUCAACAUCCAAAUCUCCAAAUUUGCCGCCUACGAGAGCCGCAUCAGCAACAAAAUGGCCAAGGAGUCCCUAAGAUACGGCGUCGAUAUGCAAAUCAUCGCCGCCGUCACGCUCGGCUUUCUGCCCGGGACUUUUAUGGCAACGCUCUUCAGUGCUAGUUUUUGGGAUUUUCAGCCGGAUAAUCAGGGACGGAUUGUUAGUUCUUGGGUUUGGCUGUAUUGGGUCUUGACGGUUGUGUUGACGGUGGGUGUGUUGGCUGCGUGGAGAAUCAUGUCUCGUGUAAAGGCGGAUGGGCUUGAGCCGCCGCCAGAGGCCUUCGUGUUGGAGAAUCUAGAUGAUAGCGGAGAUAUUGCAUGA